GGCACACCAUCGUCUUGCAGAGAAAUUUACCUCAAACACAAGUAAGUAAGUAUAGUACACAACUUGACAAGACAUUUCUAGGCUAGCGCUUAUUUAAGAAAAACUAAACUAAAAAGGUCGGGAAAAUGCGAAAAGAUUCGAGUCCUUGUACUUUGGCGUUUGUGUUUGUACAAAAAAUAAAAAGAAUAUAAUUGGUUCAGUUUAAAAUAUAAAAUAAUUUUGAAAGGUUUUUACUAAUACAACGACACUCCACCUCAAACAUUUUAUAACACGUAUGACCAAGGCUAACUGAAAAUAUCAAAAUCCAGGUAUUGCUUUUUGUAAAAAUAGGCUUCUUUGAUUAAUUUAAGAAAAAUUAAGUCCUUUGGGUAAAAAAACAAAUAAAGUAAAUGAAAGGAAGUUUAAACUUGAAAAUGCGAAUAUGCGCCGUUUUUGGUAUAUGUAGAUGAAAAAGAUGAAAAAGGCGUAAAACAAGACAAAUUCAUGUGUCUGUUGCGACGUAGUAAAACGAAAUUUUGAGCAUGUAGGUUUCUUUCCUUAAUAAUUAUUUUGGGAGAGGUCAGAUUCGUGUUUUAUUGAUUGACUUUUCUGCCACCGUAAGACUGCUCUUAGGACUUUGGACUUAUCAUGACUCAUCACUUCAUCAGGUCUCAAGUAAACAAAGCCUACUUUCUCCAAAUUGGCUCUCGAAAAAUCCCUGUGUACUGUCACAUGAGUAACUAUGGUAUCGGAGCAUGUGGGGGCGGAGGAUGGACAAUGGUUAUGAAAAUCGACGGACAGAAGGUAGAACACGAUUAUGAUUAACAUUAUGUUUUACCAAGGUUGCAAGAAAAUAGGAUAAAAAAUGAUGGCGAUGAUGAUUUGGCACAUCCUGCAGUAUGGUCUGGUUGAACAAAUAUUUCCCGCCUUGAUAUCAUUUUACUCAGUGCAAGUAUAAAAGAGUCGUGUCAAUUAAAUGUAGCCUGCGGACGAAGAGGUUUAUUUUGGUCGACACUUCUGGAUCCACCCGAAACGUUACUUCGAUCUCGGGUAGAGAGAAACAACGACCAGAAAUACGUCUGCGUAUUAUUUUGGCAGCCCCGCUAAGUUAAAUUCCUCGUUUCUUUUUAACUCAUUUAUUUAUUCAUUCAUUUUUUGUAGUCAACCUUUCACUACGACUCAAAAUUUUGGACCAACAAAAACGAGUUCAAUCUUCCAGGAGGGAGGACGGGAUUGGACCAUGAAGAGACCAAGUUGCCUACCUAUUGGAAUCUUCCCUUCUCCCAAAUCUGUCUCAUGAUGAAAAUGGGACGACAGAUCAAAUCCUUUGUCUUGAACAAGCAUGCCAAUUCCUUGUACUCUCUCAUCGCAGACAAUCGCUACAGGAGUACAUCUCUCGGUCGUAAUAAGUGGAAGACGUUGAUUGGCUCGCAAGCUUCUCUCCAGUCCUUCUGUAACAAAGAAGGAUUCAAUGUGGUUAGUGUCAAGCAACUGCAGUCCAAGGCAAGAAUCGGUAUCAUUAGCAACCAGGAAAAAGACUGCAACACAUGCGACUCUAGAAUUGGAUUCGGUACUGGAGGUCUCCACGAUGACUCCAACUCGUGUGGCAAUCAAGCUACACACUCGCCAGAUAAUGGUAACAAGCAUAUUAAGACCAUGGGAUAUAUAUUGGUCAAAUAG